GAUUGAUUACAGUGAAGCAAAUCCAGAUAGUUCAAAGCAUAACUAAAGAAUAAUCCAUCGGAUUAGAAACAAAAACAUCCACCUGAUGACCAACAGAAACCUACAGUGAUGAGAAAACGUCACGCUCUGCUUUAAGGGAAGUAAAAAACUGGGCUGUUUUAUGGCUCUGAGGAAACCUCGACUCACGUUGGAGGAAAGCCAACUUCCUUUUACAAACAGCUAAAUGAAGAUCUGACCCAGAGCAGCAGCGCUGGGCCAGGACUUUCAGGCUGGGAACGUCAUGGAGCUGCCUUCGUGGAAGAAGGUGAAGUGGUGGAAGUACGUCUUCAUCCCUGUCCUCCUGCUGCUGCCCUGGAUCUACAGGUUUUAUUGGAACGUGUCGCCUCUGAAACUGCCUCCUCACAAAGGCGCCACUCGGGUGCCAGAGCUGCCAGGGCGAGCCAAGCAUCCUGCAGGAAGUACAGUUCUGCGAGGAGAACCAGCAUCUCUUGUGAGGGUCAGAGGCACAAAAACCCUGCUGAUAUCUGCUUAUCUGGAGCACCAGACCAAUAAAAAGAAGGUGCGUGUGAUUUCUAUAGCGCUGCGGAGCGAGAAGGCGGCGUUUCGCUGCCAUCUUCUCUGUCGGGGGAAGCUGCUCAUCUCCGAUGGCGCCAUCGACUUCCAUAAAGAUCACUUUGGCUUUCCCUAUGGGACGGCUGACAUCAUGUGUCCCCUUCCUCCAGGCUGUGAGACGCCAACUAAUAUCAGUCUCACCUCAGCUGGAUCCAAACCUGAAGAACUGGAUCAACUUGGUCCUGGAUUUCUGGAGAUCCAGAACCAAAAGAGCGUUACGGACUCUUUUCGUUACAACUUCACCGUCUGUUUCUCUGCCAUGUAUAAUUUCACCAACGUGCUGCAGCUGGUGCAGAGUCUGGAGAUGCUUCAGCUACUGGGAGUGAACAGAGUUGUGUUGUACAAGACCAACUGCAGCGCUGAUACCCAACGUGUUCUGGACUCCUACACAGAAAAAGGUUUAGUUGAGGUGAUCCCUUGGUCUCUAUCAAAGUAUCUGAACGUAUCUCGAAGAGCGUUCCCCAACAAAAGCCCUGGUGACCUCCACUACUUCGGUCAGAUUGCUGCUCUCAAUGACUUCCUGUACAGAUACAGGUACCGGUCCAGAUACGUGGCUCUGCACGAUGUGGACGAGCUCAUCCUGCCUCAGUCUGUCGACAGAUGGUUGGAGUUGUUGCCUCUGUUGGAGAAGACUCUUGGUGCUGACAAGUGUUACCAGUUUGAGAACCACUGGUUUCCUGUUGAGUUUGAGCUGCCGCCUCCAAAGAGCCAGACUCUUCCCCGACAGGACCAGUGGAAGAACAUUUCAGGUGUGAACAUCCUGACUCACCUGUACAGAGAGCCUCCACCUACCAAACCCACAUUUAACAACUUCAAGAUCAUCGUCAACCCCCGAGCUGUGUCCAGGGUCACUGUCCACGGAGCGCUGAACUCCGUUAAAGGCUGCGUCUGGGUCGACAGGAACGUGGCUCACAUGUACCACGUGAGAAACACUUUGUGUGUGUCUCUGCAGAUCCCGAGCAGUAGCCAACCUUAAUCCAAAGACGCUGAUUUAUGAUGGCAGGCUGUUGGACUACAGCACUCGUCUGACGUCCGCCGUCAACAGAAAGCUGAGAGAGAGUGGCCUUUUACCUGGAAAUGGCACAAAUUAAAUUCAAUGUGUGUUUCUAGUGUGUGUAGGUUCUUAUUCAUCCAGGGCUAGAGAAUAAGAUGACAGGACUUGUGUUGCUCCUUUCAACUAGAAGGCCUCUGUCGUUGAAAGUUUGAGACCAAUAAGUGGUUCAGACCUUGAUGUUCUGGUUGGAGAAGAUGGAAACUGUUUAUCUGACAUGAAGCGCUUUCCUUUUUGACUCUGUUCAGGUUAGAGAUGCUAAUUAAAAAGCCUAAUAAAGUUUAAAAAAACCU